UCGUAGACGGCGGACGUGUUUAUUUUAAGAGACGCUUUAACUGCUAAAGAUUUUGAAACGUAACUUUGAAAGUAAAAAAAGAGAGAAAUAAAAUUUAAACAUAAAUAAGUCUUAAGCAAGAAAAUAACAAAAAGAAAGAAAUUAUUACUAAGAAAAGAUAAUAACAAAAGAUAGAAAGUACUUUAUUUUAAACAACGAACGCUCUUACGCAGAGCAAUUAUCAACAAUAACAACAAAAGAUUAGAAUAAGAAUUAAAAUAAAAAAAUACAAAAAAACAUUAUUAUAAAAACUCAUAAUGGAAACCAUUAAACGCUCAUUAAAUUACGAACAACCACAAGACUUGCAUUUCGAUAAAUACGCUUUGCACAUUUUGGAAAAUAGCAGAACACCCAAUUUAGCCGAUACCACAACCAUAGCCUUGGCCUCUUCACCUAGUAUAACAAGCUUUGACGCCUCAGCUGCUCCCCUUACCUCUUCGCACAUUACAACGACCAGUGAUUUCUUUAGAAAACUUGGAGCUGAAUUCUUUCAAUCCCUACAAUCACAAGCUUUGCCCAAGACAAAUAAUUUGGAUACUUUUGAUACACCCGUCCACACGAUCACUACAACAGCCAAUAGUCAUAAUAUGGAAUUGGAUUUGGGACGUUUGAUUAUGGAUUCUAGUGUACAGAAUAAUGCCAUGGAUGAGUUGCAGAAUCAAUUGAAUUAUGAUAAAUUUAUGAAUGGCAUAUGGAUUGGUGUGGUCUUGGCCUUGAUCUUGAUCUCUAUGAUCUUUUGUUUCUGUUCGUGUUUCCUGUAUCAUCAGUUUCGGGUGUGGAAGAGAAAUUAUCGUACCACUGUUACACAAAACAAUGAUGUAGAAGCUGUUAAAUUAAAUUUAGAUAUGGAAGAUCCAGUACCAGAAUAUACUUUAGUUUCUGGUCUACCCUCGUAUGAAGCUGCCUUGGAAUUAUUGCAUAAAACUCCUAAAUCUUGUCUAAUAGUACAUCCCUCAGUAUUUGAGGUAUUUAAUGAGAAACCAGCUACAGAAAACUCUACAACAACAGAGAAUAACAGUAGUGCCUCUACCGCAGAAGUAUCACAACCUUUACUUAACUCUCUGCCCUCCUAUACAGAGGCCACCACUACCUCUACACCCACCACGACCUCUACACCCUCCACACCCUCUACUCUACCGGUACUCACCUAUAAUCACAGUUUGGCCAGUCUUUUAUCGCUUAAUCAGUGUCAAAAAUCACAGUCUAAAACUAAAACUUCCAACUCUGCCAACAGCGACUGUACAGCAGAAAAACCUUAUAAAUCUUAAGUUUUACACUUAAGUUUUGUUUUUUUCUACUGUUUACUUUAAUCAAAAGACUGUGAUAUCUCCAAAAAAAUAUAUAUACUAAUAACUAACAAUAUUUGAUUACUAGCAUCAAACUCUCUUAGUUAGUUUUUCUUUAAGUGUAUUUUUUCCCACAAUUAAAACUGUGAUUAAUCUCUAGCUGUAGCGCUAUAAAUAUUUAUUUUAAUUAAAAUGUGUUUUAAUAUAUAUAAAUUA